AUGCGUGCUGACGCUACGCCGGUCCGGCGGCUGUCUUCUGAAGAUUCGGACGCUGCGAGCUUGACUCUGGCUCUGGGCACGCUACUGGGCGGUGAGGCUCUGACGCACCUUGGCCGAAGCUUUGAUGCUGACAACUCCCUUGCCCAUCUUCCUGCAGACGCGAACCCGAAGCAGCUACCUCCCACUGCUGGAGCUCCACCACUACCGUUGGAUGAACGCGCCAAGGACGACUGGGGCUCGUUCGACACCUGCGUUCAAUUCGAGUUUGCGGAGUUUAUCUUCAAGCGACAAGAGAUGGCGGGCGACUCUAUCAACCAACUAGCACAAUUCUUGGCCACGCUGUACCCGCCCGAGGACCCGUUCUUCAACAACCACCGCCACCUCUAUGUGAUGAUUGAUGAGAUUCAACAGGACGAUAUCCCUGGCAGUUGUUCUCUGUCCAGUACACCGGCACGUGUCCCGAGACAGGCCAAAUCCCCUCGUGGAUGA